AUGUCCAAGGUAAAUGAUAAUGCAUUGCCGUUUGCUGAUGCUUCAACUAUAGUACGGGCACAUCAAAAAGAUACAUAUUUUGAAUCUUCAUAUCGUUCACAAGUGCAAGAUGUUCUUCAUUUAUUUAAGGGUCAGCGGUUUAUUAAUACUCAUCCCGAGGAAAUUACAGUAGCAGCGAAGUCUUUAUAUCUAAUGCUCACAACAUUGAUCGGUGCAAGAACUUUGGGAGAAGAGUAUGUUGAUCUAAUUUACGUCAAUAGAUCAGGUAAGAGGUUCCCUCAAUUACUCCUGAAGCUAGGGUUCAUUUUGUCAUAUGCAUUGUUACCGUACUUAUUCACCAGACUAGUGAGAAAGUAUAAACCCAAAGAUGGAGAUGAAUCUAGUAAACCAAAGGAUGGUACAAAGGACUGGUUAGUUCAGUUCUUCUCAUCGUAUCCGAAAGUAUUGGACACACUUAUGAAUUUGCAUAUCGCUAUUUUUUAUUUCAAAGGAGAAUUUUAUUCAUUAUCAAAACGUAUCUUUGGAUUACGGUAUGCAUUUGGACAUAAUAAAGAUCCAAAAAAAUUAAGACUCGCUAGGGGUGAUUACUCGUUAUUGGGUGGUAUUAUUUUGUUACAGUUUUUUGUGAAGUCGUUGAUCAAAUUUAAAAGCUACAUUGAUGACAAAAAUAAAGUAAAUCAACCUGAAAAUGAGGAAAACGAAAAGAAUGUCAAUGCAAUAUUUAAAAUAUCCCAAUUGGAAAAUUUUAGAGACAAGGUGACUACUAACAAUAAACUCUAUAAGCAAAUCAAUGUGGAUUUAUCGAAUCCGGAUCAUUUGCCGUAUUUACCUGAAAACUCAAGGGCGUGCAUGUUAUGUUUAUCGCCAAUGACAAACCCAUCUGCAGCGUCGUGUGGUCAUUUAUUCUGUUGGGAAUGCAUUGUAGAUUGGGUAAGAGACCACCCUGAAUGUCCUUUGUGUAGACAACAAUGUCUCGAACAAAAUUUGCUUCCGUUAAAAUGA